UGCCAUACACAUAUCUAAUGAGUGAGGAUGUAGACAAAUGGACCCAGUCACAUGAUGGUGGAAGACGUUACGGGGCAAUGACAACCAAUAUCUCUGAGUGCUUUAAUGGGGUUCUUAAAGGUGCCCGCGGUUUGCCCAUUGCUGCAAUGGUUGAGUUCACUUUUUUUAAACUUGUUGCAUAUUUCCAUGAUCGACAUAAACAAAUUACUUCUGAUCUCUCUCGAGGUAAGGUGUGGAGUGAUUAUGCAAUGGAGAUCUAUAACAAAAAUGAGCAGAAAAUUGCAGGACACACUCUGAGGAAUUAUAAUCAUGCAGAGGGUAUAUAUCAAGUGGUUACCCCGUAUAACGACCAUAGAGCUGGAGGGGGAAAUCACAGUCAUGAUGUGCGCAUAUUUGAUAGAACAUGUGGUUGUGGAAAGUGGCAAAACUUGAAGAUCCCUUGUUCACAUGCAAUUAAAGUUCUUAAAGGUCUGCAUCUCGAUGCGCCUAGCUAUAUUGACCCAUGUUACAGUCUGAACAACGCCAUUCUCACAUAUUCACAUAAUUUUGUGGUGCCAAAGUCAGAGUCAUUAUGGACAGACGUUCGCGGACCACGGUGGGUGCCUGACCCACAAUUGUUGCGGGCCAAAGGUCGUCCUACGAUGUCAAGAAUAAGGAAUGAAAUGGAUGGGGUACGGCGAGAACGGGGAAGCCGGAGGGAAGAUCCGGAGUUGAGGGAGAUUCAACCGAGGCAACGAUGUAGAGUGUGUCAUCAAGAGGGGCAUAACCGUAGAUGCUGUCCCAAUUCCCAUGGGGCUUCGACAAGUGGUAGUGCUAUGAACUAGGCAAGCGGAGACUUGAUUUUCGUAAGUGACAUUGUACGUGGAACUUGUCGUGAUCUUCUGUAUGGACAAGCUAGGUGAUUAUGUAGAGUAUGUUGUAUCAGUAUGGACAAGUGUUAGGUGAAUAUGUAUAAUAUGUUAUAUCAGUAUGGAGCUUCCGCUAGGCGAAUAUGUAGACUAUGUUGUAUUAACUUAGUUGUUAUUUUGUUUAUUGUUGUAAAUUACGGAUAAUUGAACUAUUUGCUAUCCAUUUUACUCGUUACAUUAGUUGCGUGAUGCAGCUUUUUCCUAUAAUACGAACAAUGAUAU